AUGGAUUUCAAACAUAAUCGUUCAGUGAAGCUGAAUGAUGGACACUUGAUGCCAGUGCUUGGAUUUGGCACAUUUGCUCCGGAUGGUACUCCAAAGAGUGAGGCAAAUGAGGCCACCAAAAUAGCCAUUGAUGUAGGUUUCUGUCACAUAGAUGCUGCAUACUUCUACCAGAAUGAGGAAGAAGUUGGACAGGCCCUCAGAGACAAGAUGGCUGAUGGAACUGUGAAGAGAGAGGAUUUAUUCUACACCACCAAGGUGAGCACUUGUGGACAGAAUGGCUGA